UGGGUUUAGACAUGUUGUAAUGCAUAAUUAGUAUUUUUUAUUUUUAAUGAAUAGUGUAUAACGCAUAGCACAUAAUGUGUAAGAAAAAAGAUGUGUUUAUACAGCACCUAAUAAUUAUGCAUAAAACAUUGACUAGUCACAGUUUUGACAAUAAAGCUGUCAAUUGUCAUUGGGUAUUUUAUGCCUAACCCUACUUUGCGUGUCUGUAUGGUUUUUACUCAAACUGUUUUUAAAAAUUUGUGGUUCUUUUGUUGUAUGUAAGAAGUGUCGACUUUCAAUAUGAAAAUACGGAGAAAAGUACUUAAAGUGAUUAAAGUUGUGAAUUUGGCAUAUUUGUUUUUAACGUUAGCUGGAAGUGUUGCAACUUUGGCUGAAGUUCAUGCUAAUCGUAGAAGACAUAGGCGAUGGGGUAUUAGACCCAUCAAUAAGAAAAAGGAAAGUGAAGGCCUUUUUAGUACCCUUUUUAAAGAUAUGUGGAAAUUUGAUGCUGAACAAUUUUUCAAAUACACAAGAAUGACGCAAAAUCAGUUUAAAGAACUACUUGCAUUGAUUGGCAAGGAUAUCCAAAAAGAUAAAAAACGAAGACACAUUUCCCCUCAAGAAAGGUUAUUAAUUACUUUACAUUACCUCGCAGAAGGCUGUUCGAUGCAAGAGAUGGCUUGGAAUUUUAGAAUUGGAAAAGCUACUGUCCAUACUAUUAUUAAAGAAACAUGUACAGUUUUGUGGAAAAGACUUCGACCAAUUGUUUUGCCCCAACCAACUAAAAAACAUUUCAUAAAAAUAGAAAAGGAAUUUUUUAAAAGGUGGAAUAUUCCAAAUUGUAUAGGUGCUGUGGACGGGAAACACAUUAAUAUUAUAGCACCCAAACAUUCUGGAAGCGCCUUUUUCAAUUAUAAGAAGAACUUUAGCAUUAUCCUGAUGGCGACUUGCGAUGCCUAUUAUAGAUUUUCGAUGGUGGACAUAGGAGGAGCAGGAGCACACCAUGAUUCUGCAAUCUUUAGAGCAAGUUGUUUAGGUGCAAGACUUUUAGAUGGAACCUUAGACAUCCCAAAGCCAAAAUCAUUGCCAAAAACAAGAAUAGAAAUACCUCACUUUCUGAUAGGUGAUGCGGCUUUUCCCUUACAUGAAAACAUUUUAAGGCCGUAUCCGGGCACUUCUCUAAAUGAAAAACAAACCAUUUUUAAUUACAGGCUAAGUCGAGGUAGAAGAUGUAUUGAAAAUACAUUUGGCAUAUUAAGUUCAAGAUGGCGCAUCCUUAGGAAGUCAAUUUGUGCGAGUCUUGAAAUAUGCGAGUUAAUUGCCCAGGCUACAGUGGUUCUUCAUAAUUUUUUGCAAAAAAGUGAGCUUGAUAUACCUCCAAACGAACGAAGAUAUUGCCCAACAGGGUUUGUGGAUUACCUUGAUAGAGAUGGUAACAUUCAUGAAGGAUUAUGGAGAAAUGAAGGAGCAUCUUUAAGUUGCAGAAUUUUUUGUCUCUGAAGAAGGUUGGCUGUCUUGGCAAGAGGACUAUAUCAACAGAGGAGGGGCGCCAAACUGUUAACUAAAAUAUUUUUUUUAACACUUUUUUUAAGUGUAUACAUAAAAAUAAAACAAUUUUUUUGUUUA